AUGCGGAAUAAAGAACCGGUUUUGGAUGAUGGGGAAGUGGUGUAUGAGGAUGGUCCAGGUUGUGGGUGGAAUGAUUUUGAGGAUGAGGAUGUAAUGCAGCAGACGUCUUCUAUUCAUGAUGAUGAAGCCAAGAAGCUUCCGUAUGUGGGUGACAAGGAACCACUAUCUAGCUUGGCUGCUGAAUAUCAAUCUGGCAGUCCUAUCUUACUGGAGAAAAUCAAGGUGCUUGCUGAGCAAUAUGCUGCCAUUCGGCGUACUCGGGGAGAUGGAAACUGCUUCUUUCGAGGCUUUAUGUUUUCAUACCUUGAGCAUCUUUUGGAAGCUCAAGACAAAGCAGAAAUUGAUCGCAUCAAAGCCAAUAUUGAGAGAAGUAGAAAAGCACUUCAGACCUUGGGUUAUGCAGAAUUGACUUUUGAAGAUUUUUUUACGCUAUUCCUUGAGCAGCUGGAAGAUGUAAUUCAAGGGAAAGAGACUUCCAUAAGUCAUGAAGAGCUCGUGCUUAGAAGCCGAGAUCAGUCUGUAUCUGAUUACGUUGUUAUGUUCUUCAGAUUUGUUACAUCUGCUGCAAUUCAAAACCGCUCAGAAUUUUUUGAACCUUUCAUAAUGGGCUUAACCAAUACAACAGUUGAGCAGUUUUGCAAAUCAGCUGUUGAACCAAUGGGAGAAGAAAGCGACCAUGUGCACAUUACUGCCCUUUCAGAUGCAUUGGGUGUUCCCAUCCGUGUUGUGUACCUCGACCGCAGCUCAUGCGAUACCGGCGGUGUGAGUGUAAAUCAUCAUGAUUUCAUUCCAGCUACUGGUGAUCUCCCGAGCUCAAGUGAUAGCUCUGAAAAGAAGAAUCCUUUCAUCACAUUGCUAUACCGUCCUGGUCACUAUGAUAUCCUCUAUCCAAAGUGA